AAUUCCCUGCCUCACCUCUCUUUUCGUUUUCACUCUCUCCCCCGUGUAUUCUCCUCAAUUCGUUUUCGUUUCCGCUCACUCUCUUCAACGCUCGCUCACUCUCCGCGUUAAGUUUAUCUGAGUGCGAUCGAUUCCGGGGAUCUGAGAGAUGGGCCAGAUCCAGUACUCUGAGAAAUAUUUCGACGACACUUUCGAGUAUAGGCAUGUUGUGCUUCCUCCUGAAGUGGCCAAGCUUCUCCCAAAGAAUCGCCUCCUUUCCGAAAACGAAUGGCGGGCAAUGGGAGUCCAGCAGAGCCGUGGGUGGGUCCAUUACGCGGUUCACCGCCCUGAACCACACAUCAUGCUCUUCAGGAGGCCUCUCAACUACCAGCAGCAGCAACAGGAGAACCAAGCUGUUGGGCUUGCUAAAUGAUCCUAUAUAAACAAACCCAGGUAUUGAAAUUAUUCGAGAACAUAUUAUUAUUAACUACAGCAAAAACUGGUAAAGCUCUCUUCUGUGGGAAUUCUGUGGGGUAGCCUGUUGUCUUGUUGGAUGUUCUUAUAACCAGUUAUUUUUCAGCUGUAUGAACAUUUCUCGGGUUUAGCACGUUUUUUUUUUUGUUAUGCUUGUGUUCUGUUUUUUUUUUUUUGGUAACAUUUGGCCCAAUGGGGUUUGAACCAGGUUGAUUGGAAGCACUUUGUGCUACCCAACCACCAGACCACCUCACUUGGGUUUCUGUUCUGUUCUUGUGUUUCGGUUCCUAGUUUUCUUGCCGUGUUACAGUCAUCGAAUGUGUGAUUUUGUUUUUGUUCA